CGGAGGUGUAUGUACAGUUUUAUAUAAUGCCACUAGCAGAUGUUUGAGUUCCUUCGCGCUGCUUCUUUAAGAAGGUUCAUUUGUUUUCGAAGUGUAGUAAUAACAAAACAUAUUUUAAAAAUAUGUUUCACCAAGUGUUUAGUUUUUGUAUGAUGUUAAUAUUUUUGUGCUGGCGAUCUUUCGUAAUUGCGCAGAGUGGCCAUUCAGAUGAGGAAAUGAUACAACUGGCGGAUUUAUUAGGUUUAAGUCCGGCUAGUGCACGACUCAAAAGGCAGCCAUCGCUGAGUAAUUCAGCCACAAAAUUUUUGCUUGAGGUUUACAAAGAAAUAAGUGAUCAAGGAGAUUCGCCCGAAGUCGAGCAACAGACGAGACACCGACGUGCAGUUGCUGAUGAAAACUUUAUAACAGCUUUUGAUCGUAGAGAGAUAGAACUCAGCAACAACAUAAUCACAUUUGCUAGUAGACCCACACCUUUCACAACAAAUUCGGCACUCUCCGGUGAUAUGCUACUCAAUUUUAAUUUAAACGAUAUACCAUCCGAUUUGGAGUUAAUCCACGCAGCAGUACGUUUAUAUCAAGAUCCCCAAGUAGGCAGGCACGGCAUGAGUGCGCUGGCGUCGCAACAACGUAACUUUACCAUUUCUCUAUACCAGCCAGUUGGUCAAUAUUUGCUUGCCGUUGCCGCUAUAAACGCCAGCACUGACUUCAGAGGAUGGCUGGAAUUGAAUGUAACCCAUUUAUUCAACAAUUGGCUACAUUUCCGUACACUGCAGCAGACGCUUUAUGGCAAUGAAGUACUUGUUGGCGUCACAUUGCAUUCGCCGCUUGUGGGAGCAGCUGCAUCCGCAUCAGCGGCUGAUGUGGGAUUAGUACCAGCGCAUACGCAAUCUGAUAGCCUUGGUUUGCAGCCCUUCAUAAUAGGUUACUUCAAUGGUCCCGAUUUGAUGACGAAAAUGAAAAAGCGUUCCACAAAACAACAUACACGUCGAGAGCGUCAUGUUGACGCCUUUGGACAUAAACCGCCGCCAUCAAUGUCGCGUUUUACACAUCCGGAGGCAAUCUACGAGCAACCAAAAGCUUGUGAGCGCCGCAAUUUUACAUUGGAUUUUAAAUACUUGGGCAUGGAGAAAUCCGUUAUUGCUCCAAAGACUUUCGAAGCUUACUUUUGCUUGGGUGAAUGCAAUUUCCCCUUGGGUACGCCCAUGAAUAAUGCUACUAAUCAUGCAAUUGUACAGACAUUGAUGCAUCUGAAGCGACCAAAUCUACCCAAACCAUGUUGUGUGCCGAUUAAGCUGGCCUCUAUAUCAAUACUCUAUUCCGUUAAUGAGGAUAGCGUAAAUUUGAUGCGUUUCUCGCAAAUUGUCGCCAAGGAAUGUGGAUGCCGUUGAAGAUGGGAAGGUACAUAUAAAAUUAUAUUAAUUUAAAAUAAUGUGGAUGAAGCUUACAACUGCAAUGUACAAAUGCUUACAUAGAUAUAUAUGUAUAUAUUUAAUAUUGUAAAUUUUUACAAUGAACAAAAUGAGAUUUUGUCUUGCUUAAAAAUAUGUUCUAAAGAUGAAAUUUAAGUAUGUGCGUGUGUGCAAACAUAUAAAAAUGAAUUAACAAC